UAGUCCUGCUGCUUUGGCCGCCUCUGGCAGGGGAGGAGGAGGAGGAGGAAGAGGCGGCGCUGGGCGGCUGCACUUCCGCCCGGACGUCCCAGGUGUCGCUGUUGUCCGCCUUUGCGCCGCGGCCCGGAGUGUCCCGGGCACCACGUGACCGGCGGGGAGGUAGCGGCUCAAGGCCAUUUCCCCCUCUCAUUGGCUUAGCCGUCAUGUGGUUGCGCAGAGGCACCCACAAUUACACAGGGAAUGUUUUCGUAGAGAUGUCAGCCUACAAAGGACACAAUCUCUCUCCUCCCAAUUCCUCCCCAAAAUGUCCUUUCCCAACAGCUCUCCUGCCGCCAAUACUUUCCUAGUCGACUCCUUGAUCAGUGCCUGCAGGAGCGAUAGCUUUUAUUCCAACAGCGCCAGCAUGUACAUGCCACCUAGCACAGACAUUGGGACGUAUGGGAUGCAAACCUGUGGACUCCUGCCGUCUCUGGCCAAACGAGAGGUCAAUCAUCAAAAUAUGGGUAUGAACGUCCACCCGUAUAUACCUCAAGUAGACAAUUGGACAGACCCGAGCAGGUCCUGCCGAAUAGAGCAACCUGUUACGCAGCAGGUCCCCACUUGCUCCUUCACGGCCAACAUUAAGGAAGAGACCAACUGCUGCAUGUAUUCGGACAAGAGGUCCAAGCUGGUGUCCUCCUCCGAGGUCCCUUCGUACCAGAGGCUGGUCUCUGACUCCUGCCCCAUCGAGAACCCCGAGGUCCCCGUCCCAGGAUACUUCAGGCUCAGCCAGACCUACGCCACCGCGGGGAAAGCCCAAGAGUACAAUAACGGCCCAGAGACGAGUAGUUCAACUGUCAUGUUGCAGCUCAACCCUCGCGGCGCCUCCAAGCCGCAGCUCGCCUCGCAGGUCCCGAUGGAGAAGAAGAUGAACGAGAACCCGGGCAGCAACAGCGCCAGCAACGCCAGCAGCAAUGCCAGCAGCAAUGCCAGCGGCAGCACCACCACCAGCAACCACCACCAGCACCACCAGCACCACCACCCGCAGCACCAGCACCCAGACAACAACUCCGCCAAAGUCGCCCAAGUGGAAAGUCCCGAGCCCAAGUCCGCCUCGCUGCAGGAGGACAGGGGCUGCCUGCCCGAAGCCCCCGUCUCCAGCCCCGAAGCCCAGGAGAAAGACAGCAAAGAGGAAAUCAAGUCUGAUACGCCAACCAGCAAUUGGUUAACUGCAAAGAGUGGCAGAAAGAAGAGGUGCCCUUAUACUAAACAUCAAACACUGGAAUUAGAGAAAGAGUUCUUAUUCAAUAUGUAUCUCACUCGAGAGCGCCGCCUAGAGAUCAGUAAGAGCGUAAACCUCACUGACAGGCAGGUCAAGAUCUGGUUUCAGAACCGCAGAAUGAAGCUCAAGAAGAUGAGCAGAGAGAACCGAAUCCGAGAACUGACCGCUAAUCUGACUUUCUCUUAAACCGGUUUCACCUCGGGGGCUGACCAAUCGCUGAGGCAGAGGCUCAGUGGCUACAGAGAUGUAGGAGAGACUUUAUUU